UCGACCGAGACGCUAAUACGAUGUUUCACAGCUCCAGACGAACGGUUGUUUUCUGUGUUGGACUCCUCAUGUUGAGUCUCUCUGACGUUAAAGCCGUACAGAAGAAAAUCUGCGAUGUUGGCCUGAAAAUCCCAGAAAAUUUACACGGGGCCGAGGCAGAGAUGCUGGGGGGGAACGGCAACAUCAACAACCGCUCGCUCUCCGCGUGGAACUGGACUCCACACACCAGCUCCCACCGCAUCCCAGGGGUCAUCUUCGAGGCUGAGUGUGAAACGCAGUACUGCACUGACCCCAACAACAACAUGCAGACGGAGCUGAACUCAGUGCCCAUCUACCACUACAUUAUGGUGCUGCACCAGGACAAACAGGACAGGAAGUGCUUCACAGCGUCUUAUCAGAAAGUAGCCGUGGGCUGCACGUGUGUCAGAGCCAAAUCAUCAUGA